CUCUCCGUUUAUAAACACCUUCGUCACCAGACCACCCCACCUACCCUUCACAAUGGCCUCUAACCCCCCCGGAGCUUGCUGUGCCCAGGGCUUCAAGCACGAAGGCACCCCCGUCGGUGAGAUCAAGAAGAUCAAUGACAAAUCGACACCUAUGUUGUCUACCCCAAGGACAACAAGAACCCCGAGAAGGCCGUUCUCUUCCUGAGCGACAUCUUCGGUCUGUACAACAACACCAAGCUCCUCGCCGACGAAUACGCCGCCAAUGGAUACCUGUGUGUCGUCCCCGACCUCUUCAACGGCGACUGGGUCCAGCACAGCGACAUGGCCGCCGGAAAGUUCGACUUCGCCGCCUGGGCCCCCAACCACCAGACUCAGCACAUCGACCCCAUCGUCGAGUCGUCCCUCAAGUACCUCAAGGGCGAGCUGGGCGUGAAGAAGGUGGCCGCUGUCGGCUACUGCUUCGGUGCUAAGUACGUCGCUCGUUACCUGAAGGACGGCCAGGUCGACGUUGGUUUCAACGCCCACCCCUCUUUCGUCACCCACGAGGAGCUCGCCGCUAUCAAGGGCCCUCUGUCCAUUGCUGCUGCUGAAAUCGACAGCAUCUUCACCACCCAGCUUCGUCACGAGUCCGAGGACAUCCUCAUCAAGACCGGCCAGCCCUGGCAGAUCAACCUGUACAGCGGUGUCUCCCACGGCUUCGCUGUCCGCGCCGACCUGAGCAAUCCCCACUUCAAGUGGGCCAAGGAGCAGGCUUUCUGCCAGGCCGUCGCCUGGUUCAGACAGUACCUGUAAAUGCGUCCCAGCGUGCCAUCGUGCCGCAGGACCCGCUGUUUGUUCCAUAGCCGUGACCAUUAGUACAUAAUGAACCGAGAUGAGGAAUGACAUGCUUUUCCAUAAGAUGGAGAGAUGGAGAGAGAGAGA